CGAGAGGCAGCCAAGUAUUUGUCAAACUAGUAGCAAACGUUGGCUGCCCAGCGAUCAGUUGAGGAAAUAUAUCACCUUACGGAAGAUCUCGCAAUCUUUUGAACGCUCUUGUUUGUUUGUGGAGGCCUUAGUUUUUCAUAUUAGCACGAUGUCAACUCCAGCACGACGACGUUUAAUGAGAGACUUUAAACGGCUGCAGGAGGAUCCCCCAGCUGGAGUCAGCGGAGCCCCAUCAGAAAAUAAUAUCAUGGUUUGGAAUGCAGUCAUUUUUGGGCCAGAGGGAACGCCUUUUGAAGAUGGAACCUUCAAACUUACCAUUGAAUUCACAGAAGAAUAUCCUAAUAAACCUCCAACAGUGAGAUUUGUCUCCAAAAUGUUCCAUCCUAAUGUGUAUGCAGACGGUAGCAUAUGCUUAGAUAUACUUCAGAAUCGCUGGAGUCCAACCUAUGAUGUUUCUUCAAUCUUAACUUCAAUACAGUCUUUACUGGACGAGCCAAACCCGAACAGUCCAGCCAACAGCCAAGCAGCCCAGCUUUACCAGGAAAACAAGCGGGAGUAUGAGAAGAGGGUUUCUGCUAUUGUUGAACAGAGUUGGCGUGACUGUUGACACCUAAUCAACGGGCACAUGAAGUGUGCACCGCAGAAUCGAGAAGACAUCAGAAACACAGAUACGACGACGCACCUUUUAAGAUCCUCCAGUAUACUUUGUCCCCUUACUGUUGCUAAGUUUGUAUGCUGUAGUGCUGUGGCAUUCACUGCUGCCGAAUGCUGUCGUUUGACAGGAGCAGAGUUAAAAGUUAAUGUACCUUGUUAUCUCUGGGUUACUUCCUAUACGCCCGUUUUCUUUUUCAACACGCAAUAGCCCGUCUUUGAAUUGUCAAACCUCUGCUUGGUAAUUCAUACAUCAGGUAUGUAGGGCUGUGUGGUUUGGUUUGUAAAUACUGCCAGUUUAUAUUCACAGAAAAUAAAGCUGUUAAUUGUCAAUGGGCCAACAACAUGAAAACCCCUCACCUCCCUUUCUUUUUUUGUCUGCACAUUGAAAGCCUUGGAGGGAUAAAAAAAAAACUACCAACAUGAUUAUCAGUCCCUCUUAUUACUCAACAGAUGCCUUUUGGGGUCCGUUUUUAAAUUUUCCUGUACAGCCAUGCCUUUUUUUUAUUCUAAAAUCUUACCUUCUGCUCCUCUGAAAAGCAGGAUUUUAGCAUCCUUACUGUUUUUACAGUUUCACAAGGUUCAACCCAUUUCACCUGCAUAUGUAGGUUUAUCUUUUACCACAUUCUAGGAGGGUGCAUUACUUUUUUAUGGGUUAAGAGCCAUAAAAAAAGGCUCUUACAUUUCUAUGCUAUUUUACAAUCCUAUAACUAUCGAAUCUGAUUACACUUUGGCAAACAUUGGUGUCUUUUCAGAUUACACAGCACUGGUAACCCAUGUAACAAACUGUACAUUCUCUUGUAAAUAAAAUAAAUAUGCAACUCUU